UUCAGUUUCUGACUGGCACUGCCAAAUACAACCUUGUGCACGCCCAAAGCAACAUUUUUUCUCCUUCCAUUUUGUUUUCGAAUAAAAAAGUAAAGCGUAGCCAAGCACACACACAAAAGUGAAAAAAUAGAUUCGUAGGAGUAACAGACGCGAUUUCCGAUUUACAACUUCCGACCACAACAAAAUUGCCACUCAACAGUGUAUAGUGAAUUUCUCAAGAGGAAAAGGCACCAAAUUUGCAGAGCACCUUGCCAUUGAAUCAAAUACGAGUCGAAUUCCAGGACGCCAUGGCUCAGAACAUUAGCCCCGAGCAGAGCGGAACGGGGGGCGGUGGCAGCAAGCACAGUGAUGACUCGCUGCCGGUGAAAGACAAUCACGCCGUGAGCAAAAGACUGCACAAAGAACUUAUGAAUCUGAUGAUGGCCAAUGAGAAGGGUAUCUCAGCAUUCCCGGACGGCGAGAACAUCUUCAAGUGGGUGGGAACCAUUGCAGGGCCAAGGAAUACGGUCUACGCCGGCCAGACAUAUCGGUUGUCGCUGGACUUUCCCAACUCCUAUCCAUAUGCGGCACCUGUGGUCAAGUUCCUGACGUCCUGCUUCCAUCCGAACGUGGAUCUGCAGGGCGCCAUUUGUCUGGAUAUCCUAAAGGACAAGUGGUCGGCGCUGUACGAUGUUCGCACCAUUCUGCUGUCCAUCCAGUCACUGCUAGGCGAGCCAAACAACGAGAGUCCCCUGAAUGCGCAGGCCGCGAUGAUGUGGAACGACCAAAAGGAGUACAAAAAGUAUCUAGACGCCUUCUAUGAGAAACACAAGGAUACUUAGACGACAGAACACCUACCCAUAUGCAUCCUAUGCUCAUAUUGCGGCGUAUUUAUUUACAUAUAGUGCAAGCAACUCCACCCAACCGCCACAGAACUCCCCUCACUCAUCAUUCGCACAUCUCUCCAACAUAGUUUAUGCUGAUUUAUGGCAACCGUGCAUUUCUUAUAGAGACGGAUUAUCUGGUUUUAUUCUCAAUUCUCCAAACAAUAACAAAAAUUAAUUAUAUGAUAUAUGAAUGUAUUGGUAAUGUAAUUUUAAAACAGUCCGUUCUUUAAGCUUAAGCAUAAAUUUUAGUUAAUUGUUUUUAUAUACAUGAUGAUUUGAAAUGUGAACGGGUAGACGUCGCCGCCGCCACCCGCCUUUUGUACUGAUGAUUUGUAAGCGACUGUGCUGCGCCGGCCAUUAUGUGAAUGUUAGCUAAUUUUAGAGUAGCCUCACCGAAUCAACCUCCACCACAUUCAUCGUCAAUCCAAUCAUGCUGCAUUUCCCCAUCAAAAGGUUUAACAAAUUCAAAGUAAUUCAAAUCAUUGUAACAGUUGAGUUAGCUUGAUGUUAUUGAAACCACAUAAAUAAAAAAAAAAACGAAUUAUUGAACUACA